AAAACCCCAGAAAUUAUAUCUUCUAGUCUACAAAGCUGUAUUAAAUCCAUAGGAAGACCAUGAAAUACAUCCUGGUAGUAGCUUUUCUGGGAGCAGCUGUUGCCUUUCCCCUUGAUGAUGAUGAUGACAAGAUAGUGGGAGGCUACACCUGUUCAAAGAACUCGUUGCCCUACCAGGUGUCCCUGAAUGCUGGAUACCAUUUCUGUGGAGGUGCCCUCAUUAACAGCAGAUGGGUUGUCUCAGCUGCUCACUGCUACAAAUCCUCUAUACAAGUGAGGCUUGGAGAACACAACAUAGAAGUCAGAGAAGGCACCGAACAGUUCAUUAACUCAGUCAAAGUCAUCCGUCACGAGAAGUACAACUCCCGGCUCCUGGACAAUGACAUCAUGCUCAUCAAGCUGGCCAGUGAAGCCACCCUCAACUCCUACGUCAACACAAUUGCCCUGCCAACCGGCUGUGUGGCCACUGGCACCCCGUGCCUGAUCUCUGGCUGGGGCAACACUCUCAGCAGUGGCACUAACUAUCCUGACCUCCUGCAGUGCCUGAAAGCUCCUGUCCUGUCUUCCAGCCAAUGUAGCAAUGCCUAUCCAGGACAAAUCACUGGCAACAUGAUCUGUAUCGGAUACCUGGAAGGGGGCAAAGAUUCCUGUCAGGGAGAUUCUGGUGGCCCAGUAGUCUGCAAUGGCCAGCUCCAAGGGAUUGUCUCCUGGGGAAUUGGUUGUGCACAGAAAGGCUACCCUGGGGUCUACACUAAAGUGUGCAACUACGUCUCUUGGAUCAAAAAUACCAUCGCUGCCAACUGAGAUACUCUCAUUCCAUUUUACCAGUGCUAUCUUCCGCACUCCGCUUCCUCAGCCAUGUAUUAGACUUUCCAACUCUAUGGAAUAAAUAGAGUUUGAUGCAA